AGAGAAAGAGUGCGCACUUGUAUAUAUGCAUAUAUAGGGAGGAGGAAGAUCGGCAAGGCGCCUGAUACCCUCGGCAUGAGGAGGCCCGGAGUGCGGGAGGCCUCGCGCGUUGAACCGGCCGGCGGUGAGGCAUGGAAACCGCCGAGGCCGCGCCUGGCGCUCACCAGCAGUACCGGCACCAUCAUCGUCGACGAUCGCAUAACGAUGGCCCGCAGCAGGGCAGCCGCGAUCUCCUCGCCUCGGCUGGCAGUGCUCCCGGCCUCGACGUCGUGAGGGCCCUGCACCAGACGGUGGUGUCGCUGCGCACGGCCUUGGACUCUUCGCGCGAGGAGUUGCGCAAACUCAAGGAGGACCACCAGCAGCAGCCGGUCGCCAAGAGGAGAACCAGCAGCCCAGCCGGCGAGAUCGGCCGGCUGGCCCUCGAGAACCACGUGCUCAGGAGACGGCUGCUCGACCGGGCCGGCGAGUUUACCAGCGAUGCCGCGACCAACCCGCCCGACCAUACCCCAAAGACACCGAUAAAACAACAACCGCCCGAGGCAGCCAACAUGGAGUCCGACGCCAACGAAACGACGGAGCCAAAGGGCGAGGAGGGUGAGGAGGAGGAGGCAGUCGCCACCGAGGUGGAGCAGCAGGAGGUGGUGGUGCCGAAGCUCAAGCUGUCCGGGCAGGGUGCCUCCAACGAGUCGGAGAACGAGUCGGAGGAACUCGACGACAUCGAGCUCAUCUUCACUACCGAGGAGACGUGCAGGGACGUCGGGCUGCAGGAGGACCUCGUCUCCAUCACCGACCACCCCGACAAUUGGCAGCUCCAACAACAACAACAACUUACCACCCCCACUCCGGGGGAGCAGGAGAAAUCGGGGGUAGGGCAGGCGUGCCGGGCCAAGUCGGAGGAGGGUGAGCCGGGCUCGGUGUGCAACGGCAAGGCCAACUCGGUGGAGGAGGCCGCCUCGUCCCAGAGCAGUAGCAUCGACCGCGAGGAGAGCGUCGACAGGUUCGACGAGAGCACGGGCAGCCGGCUAAACAAGAUGUGGUCGCAGUGCUCCGUCCUCGUCGAGACGGACAUCAGCAAGUGCGGCGUCCUCGAGGAGAUCGACGUUCAAGCCCGGCACUCUGCCAGGCGCAACACCCUGGCCGCGCCCACUGCUACCUACAGGCCGAUAAUUCACCGGGAGGCGCUGGCCACGGGCCGCCGGAAGAGCCUCGGUCCGGUGAGACCGAUGAUGGACCGGGCCGCCGGUGGGGGACUCGCCGAGAGCAACGGCAGUGGCAACGCCCGUCGGGAGUCCGGCGCCCAGACCGACAUAUCGGCUCUGCCGGCGCAGUGGCGCUCCGAGAGCUACCUCGCCCACAAGGUGGCCCACGCGUUCACCACUCUGCCGAGUAAGUUCGCCCUGCCCGCGGGUGUACCGGGCCGGCUGAGGCUGUCCGACAAGACGCGGGAGGCCCGCCGGGUCAUGCUCUCGGACAUAAGCUUCACGAGCAUGGUGCCCGAGUUGUCGAGGAGCGCCGACCACCUGUGCCAGGAGCCCCACAAUCAGUUUCCGCAGGCGCACGUAUGCUACGGGUCGCGAACCGGUGGAGGAACGAGUCCGGGCUGCUGCGGGGGUCUGCGCACACCGGAGAGCAGCAGGCGCGAGUCUUGGGCCCGGAUGGGCGGUGCUUCGGGCGCGAUGGGCCUGCCGAGUCCGUCGUGCGACUGCCGGUUGUCGGCCGAUCUCUACCCGGGACGCUACCGGGGCAGCUUGAGCUCGAUCCCGCGGGCCCCGAGCGCCGUAGAAUUGGGUGGCUCGCGCAGGCACUCCUGGCGGCCCAACAACGCGGGUGGCUCGUUCGACAGUUGGCGGGGACCCGCGGUGCUACCGGGCAGCCACACCAGUUCGGCCAUUGUUGCCGCCUGCAGUCCCGGUGGGACGAGCAGCUGCGGGGGAAGCACGACGGGCGCCCAUCUCCUCCACCAUCAUCACCACCACCACCACCACAACCAGCAUCUGGCACGGCCCACUUGGUCGUCGAUGCCGUCCUCGCCCACCCACGUCAAGCCACCGUCCGGGACGAUCGUCGCGAGGCUCGUUGGGUCCUGCCAGCCUCGCAGGACCAGGUCUAAGGUCACUUUCCAAGAGUGUCCGAUGACACGGGGCAGCUUGCCGAACUUGCGCUCGGAGUCUCUGGCUGAGACGAGCGGCGACUCGACCGAGUCGCUAAUAGACGAGGCCGAGGACUACCUAAGGCGAAGCAUAGACUCGAUGCUGACCUUCUCGAGUAGCGCGGCCGAGCGCUGCGCUGCCCUCGGGGGCGGCCGACACUCGGCCCGGCGGAGACGAGCGCGUCGACACUCCGAGCCCGAUCUCUUCCGCGAAUGGAAUCCACCCCAGGACGCCAGACCCUACUUGCCAAAGAAACCACAAGAUCUCAAGAUAAACCAUCUGGUGAAGGUGAUCGCGGAGUCGGGGAAAAUUCUCCAGGGCCGUGUGCGAUACGUCGGGGCCGUGAACGGUGGGAACGACGCGUACGUGGGCGUCGAGUUGCCAAACAACGCCGGCACCUCCGAUGGCAGCUACAACGGCAGACGGCACUUUGACUGCGAGGCGGAGCGAGCGAUAUUCGUGCCGUUCAAGAAGGUCGUGCUCGCCUGGUGCACCACUUGACCCGAGGCCCGUCGGACCGGCUGUUGCGAGGCCAGUUCGGCAAACGGUGGCACCGCCGACGCGGCCGAAGCUUCCUCGCCUCGACCGACGACGCCACGGAUACUGCUGUCCCAGUACACCAUGUAAACGCGAUGGAUCUCCGGAAUCUCUGUCUCUGCAUCGGCGCGAAGAGGUACACGUAUAUAGACUCUUUACUCGUACUCGACUUUGUCCCCCCCCCCCCUUUCGAGGAUGCGGGUUUCGCCGACAUGUGCUUACAAUUCUAUAUGUAUGUAAUUUUUUUUUUGUAACUGGUCGAUUAGCCCGCACGUGUUUGUGCGCGGCGGGCUGUGUUUGUCGGUGUUUAUAUACUUGGUACAAAACCGAGUCGCCGUCCCUCUCUUCCGUUGACGCUCGUUU